AUGGGCAGCGCUAUACGAGGUUCGUUUCCUGCGUUGGACAACCUGAGCCGGGCCGGCUUCCGCCUCUCCCUCGGGUUGCAAAGCGUAUCCGCCAUCGCCACCAUCUGCCUCUUCGUGCCCUUCGGCCGUGGUGCCCUCGUCCAAGUCAUCAUCAUCCAGCAGCUGGCCGUUGUCGCCCAGCCCAUAUGCGGAAUAGGGAUGUCCGACGUAAGGAGCUGGCUCCCUGGGGGUGGGCUGGGCUCCAUGGCGGCGGAAGAUCAUCAUCCUCCUCCUCCUCCUCCUCCACCACGGAGGCAUGCGAGGGAGCAGUUCCGGCAGUCGAUUCUUCUCCAGCUCCACCACCCCAUGCGGCAACAAAAGAGCCAACGAGCAGAGGGUUGA